AUGUAUUAUUUCGAUAUUAAUGAUCGUGUAUACACUCAACGCAAAGUUAUUGAUGGUGAUGAAGUAGAAUGUGGAGUAAGAUUCUUCACACUGGAUCAACCGGAAAUUUAUUCAAACUUGCACGAAAAAUAUUCAAUAUAUGUUUAA